GAAACACGUACGACAGAUCAAUCAUAGUGGACGGAGAAGAAGCGUCUCUGGUGGUGUUUGAUAUAUGGGAGCAGGAUGACAGCCAAUGGCUUCAGAACCACUGUAUGAAAAUGGGAGAUGCCUAUAUUAUUGUAUAUUCAGUGACAGACAAAGUUAGUUUUGAAAAGGCCUCCGAGCUAAGAAUCCAGCUAAGAAGAGCAAGGCAAACAGAAGACAUUCCUAUUAUUCUUGUGGGCAAUAAAAGCGACCUGGUCAGGUCCCGGGAAGUCUCAGUUGAUGAGGGAAGGGCCUGUGCUGUUGUGUUCGACUGCAAAUUCAUCGAGACCUCAGCUGCUCUUCAUCAUAAUGUCACGGACCUGUUUGAAGGUAUCGUCCGGCAAAUUAGACUUCGCAAAGACAGUAAAGAAGACAAUGCAAGGAGAAUGGCAAACACAAAAAGAAGAGAAAGCAUAGGCAAAAAGGCAAAGCGAUUCCUUGGAAGAAUUGUGGCAAAGAACAAUAAGAAGAUGGCUUUCAAAGCAAAAUCAAAGUCUUGUCAUGACUUAUCUGUGCUUUAGAAGCUUUCAUCAACGCCAGGUGUUGCAUGUGGGUGAUGAACAAGCAUUUGACUGUUACAAGAAGCAUAUAGAUGAUCCUCAUGGUGAUAACAAGAAUGACUUAUCAAUUGAGACUCUCGUUAAUGCCUUAAGGUGCACAAGCAAGUCUGGAAGUUACACUGCAAUGUCUGCUUCACUGAUAAAUGGUUUAAGUUUCAAUGUGUGCAAGUAAAUGAACUAACUUUACAUAAGUGGCUUGACAUGCCCACAUUUUCACUGUGUACAUAUGUGAUAUAUCCUCUUGUCCUGUGGAUACCAGAGGUGCAAAGAUAAGAAAGGAUGAUGAUAAGUAUCACCAUAGACUUGUCUCUUUUGCAGAGCAAAACUUAAAACUUGUACGCAGGCUCGUACGCUCUUUUUAGUAUAAAACAACCAGUGAUAAAUCUUUUUAAACUUAAAUGUGGGGAGGGGGGAGUAGAACCAUGUUAGAAUGAGAGAAAACAAAUUAUAUAUAUAUAGUUAAAUACAGAACAGAUAUCAUUUUAUUAAGUUCAUUUGCACUUCCAUUAACCAUUAUUCAAUUAAUUUGUUACUUGUUUACAUUCAGAUUUUAUAAUAAAGUAUUAUUUCCUGUUA